UCUGUCACGAGGGAGGGAGAGAAGCGGGCGCGUUCCCAACCGCCUAUGUUGUCUCGCGCUUCGGUGCCUGCGCCCUCGCCGGCACCCUUGGCGCAUGCGCCUCAGCGGCAUCCCGGGUCGCUCGGUCUCUGAGGAGAGUUCAGGCAGGAGGAGUGCGAGGAGUCCGGCUGCGAAGGGAAGGGAGGAAGGAAGGGAGGAAGGGCGGCGUGUCUCGGAGACCGUUUCCCCCUUCGGACCCAGGCCUCGCGAUGGUGAUGGCGUACUUCGUGGAGAGUUUCUGGGGGGAAAGGAACAAUGGCUUCGAUGUUCUCUAUCAUAACAUGAAACACGGACAUGUAUCUACAAAAGAGCUAGCAGAUUUUAUAAGAGAAAGGGCUGCAAUAGAAGAAACAUAUUCAAGAUCAAUGACAAAACUAGCCAAAUCAGCAAGUAAUUAUUCACAAAUUGGGACAUUUUCACCAGUAUGGGAAGUUUUCAAAUCAUCAACGGAAAAAUUAGCAAGCUGCCACUUAGAACUUGUUCGGAAGUUGCAAGAACUAAUUAAAGAAGUACAGAAAUAUGGAGAUGAACAAAUCAAAGCUCAUAAAAAGACUAAAGAAGAAGUUUCAGGGACUCUGGAAGCAGUGCAAACCAUUCAGAGUAUUACCCAGGCCCUCCAAAAAGCAAAAGAAAACUACAAUUCAAAAUGUGUGGAACAAGAGCGUUUGAAAAAGGAAGGUGCAACACAGAGAGAAAUAGACAAGGCAGCAGUAAAAUCCAAGAAAGCUACUGAUGCUUACAGACUUUAUGUAGAAAAGUAUGCUGCAGCAAAAUCUGAUUUUGAACACAAAAUGACUGAAACCGCACAGAAAUUUCAAGAUAUUGAAGAAAUGCAUCUCCUCCACAUGAAAGAGAUAAUAGAAUGUUUUUCAAAUACAGUAAAAGAAGUUCAUGUACAAAUUGGUGAGGUCCAUGAAGAAUUUAUCAACAACAUGACAAAUACAACAGUUGAAAAUUUGGUACAAAAAUUUGCUGAAUCAAAAGGCACUGGCAAAGAGAGACCUGGGCUGAUUGAAUUUGAAGAAUGUAAUACAGCUAGUGCUGUAGAAGGGAUAAAGCCUAGAAAAAGAAAACACUUUGGAUUACCAGGAAUUAUUAAGAAGGAAAAAGAUACAGAAUCUGUGGAGUGUCCAGAUGCAGAUUCAGUAAACAUUCCAGAUGUGGAUGAUGAAGGCUAUAGCAUUAAGCCAGAAGCUAGUCAGAAUAUCCUUUUUUAUGCCAAAGAAAAUCACUUCUAUUCGUCAAGUGAUUCCGAUUCUGAAGAUGACGAACCAAGGAAGUUCCAUGUGGAAAUUAAACCUGUACAGCCAAACAAUAGUUCUCAUUAUACAAUGCCUUCACUGGAUGAAUUAAAAGAAUCAAUAGGAAAUAUCACACUCUCGCCAGCUAUAUCUAGACAUAGUCCAGCACAGAUGAACCGGAACUCAUCUAGUGAAGAAUUAACAAAAUCAAAGCUUUCUGCUUCAUCCAAUGAGAAGGGAAAUAAUGACCUCCUGGCCUGGGAUCCACUCUUUAGAAAUUCUGGUGACUCUUCCUCCCUUGCUUCAACAAUGUCUUCAUCCUCAUCAGCUCAAUCAAUUUCUCUGCAAAAAAGUUCUUCAUCUUCUUGUAUUCUGCAAAAAGAUAAUUCAACAAAUACCAUCAGUACCUCAGCAAGACCAACGACUCCUCUUUCUGUAGGUACUUUGGUGCCUCCUCCCAGACCAGCUUCCAGACCAAAGCUGACAACAGCAAAACUUAGUGGAAUUAAUGAAAUUCCGAGGCCAUUCAGCCCUCCCCUUACCUCCAGUUCCAGCCCACCUCCAUCAGCUCCUUUGGCACGUACAGAAAGCUCCUCUUCAAUAUCAUCCUCUGCUUCCUUGAGUGCAGCAAAUACACCCACAAUAGGAAUUUCUCGUGGUCCUAGUCCUGUCAGUCUUGGAAACCAGGAUUUACUGCCUGUUGCAGUGGCCCUGACUGAGUCUGUUAACGCCUACUUCAAAGGAGCAGAUCCCACAAAAUGUAUUGUGAAGAUCACUGGUGAUAUGACAGUCUCAUUUCCAAGUGGGAUUAUUAAAGUGUUCACCAGCAAUCCAUCUCCUGCUGUGCUCUGCUUCAGGGUAAAAAAUACAAGCAAACUAGAGCAGAUUCUUCCAAAUGCCCAACUUGUAUACAGUGAUCCAUCACAAAGUGAUUCCAAUACAAGGGAUUUUUGGAUGGACAUGCAAGCUGUCACAGUCUACCUCAAGAAACUAUCAGAACAGAAUCCCUCUGCUUCUUAUUAUAAUGUGGACGUCCUUAAGUAUCAGGUAUCUUCAAAUGGCAUCCAGUCUACACCUUUGAAUCUCGCCACAUACUGGAAGUGCAACGCAAACACUACUGAUGUAAGAGUUGAUUACAAAUACAACCCAGCAUCUAUGGCAGCGCCAAGUAUGCUGUCUAAUAUACAGGUCGUGGUACCAGUUGAUGGAGGUGUAAUGAAUAUGCAGUCGCUUCCUCCAGCAAAAUGGAAUUCAGAACAGAUGAAAGCAUUUUGGAAAUUAUCUGGUAUUUCAGAAAAAUCAGAAAAUGGAGGUUCCGGUUCCCUCAGAGCAAAAUUUGACCUUUCAGAAGGACCCAGUAAACCAGCAACACUUGCAGUGCAAUUUAUCAGUGAGGGAAGCACUCUUUCAGGAGUAGAUGUUGAAUUAGUAGGCACUGGCUAUCGACUUUCCCUAAUUAAGAAGAGGUUUGCCACUGGACGAUAUAUGGCAGACUGGUGAAGAGCCUGUGAAGAAAAAUAAUUUUCUCAAUGGAUAGAAACUCAUUCUUUUACUACCUUCCCAACACUAUUUUAACAUGCAUUAAUUUUUGAAAAUAUGUUGCUUAAUUUUUAUACCCAACAAAAAUGCACUUUUUAAAAACACAUAAUUUAAAAAUACUCUAUUUCAUAAUAGCACUGAAGCAAACUCAAACACUAUCUGUAGAAGAUGGGCUACAUUAUUGGGAAACAAGAUUAUUCAGAUGCAUAGUAUUCUUGUAGUGUCUGAGCCAAAAUAAAAGUAAUUUGUGGUAUUUAAAACAUGAGGUGCUUUAUGACUCUGUAGACAACCGCAGCAUAUAUUUUAGCUUUCUAUAAAUACUGAAGUAUAUUUUUUCCAGUUUGCAUUAUUGCCAUUCCAUAUACAAAAAAAAGUGGCAAAGUAAUUUUUGUUUCACUCUACUGUAUUUAUGUGCCAUAUCUUGUUAUGGAUAUAUAUAUAUAAAUAACUUGAUCUCCAUAUACCGUAUAUAAUUAAAUGUACAUUGAUUUAUAAAAUAUUGUUUUAAAAAUGUAAAGUGCAAUUUAAAAAAUGCAAGCAACAACAGAGAUAUUUACUUCUACCAUUAGUUAACUUUAUAGGAGUUGUAAUUUUAAUUAAUGCUGUAGAUUUAAUUUAUUUUUAUAUGGAAUAUGUAACUUUUGUGCCUUUUUAAACUGUGCCUGCCAAACUGUUUAUGUGCCUCUCAUUUCUUCCUGCAGUUUCAAGAUCUUUCACUCAGAAAACCUUGGGUUUUUUCCCCCUUUAGCUUGUGGAGCUAGAUAAAUCCCUGGCAAGGAUUUAGAAGGGAAAUUCAUAAUAACUACCAAACUAUCUUUUAAAAUAUUAAAUGGCUUCCUUUGGGGGUUAAUAGCAAUAAAUGCAGCCACUGUAAAGGGAAAAGCAAUGCUUUGAUAGAAUCACAGGAAAAAAGCUUUUUAUCAAAAUUUAACUGCAGUAUCACCAAAGAUGUGUAAAAUCUUGAAGGUGUAAAACAAUAAUUUGUAUAACAACAUUUGUAGAACUUUCCUUUGCUGACUGUAGUUUUGCUAUUUCACAUGCUUUCAAACAUAUAUGAAUAUAACCGUUGUUUUUGAGGAGUAACAUCUUUUAAAUGUUUUGGGCAGAACAAAAAUCACUUUAAAUUUAACAACAUGAAUAAAUUAAUGAUUAGAAUGUUUGGAUUCAUAUCUAGCGUCUUUGUCGAAUUUUAAACACAGUGACCCAUUGGCAUCAUUAUUAAUACCAAUUGCUAUAUAUUACAACGUAUGGUGUAUUAAUCUUAGGAUCUCAUUAAACACUCAAAAUCAAAAGUUGUUAAAUUAUAAAACCAGCAACUGUACAAAGGUGAGAUAUCUGAAUUCCAGUAUAAAUAAGGCAUAUAAUAAAAGUAAUAAUUGUAAGACCCUUGUAACAUCAGUAAUGGACUCAUCAAUCAAUUAUAUAUAUAUAAUGUAUAUAGAAUCCCUGUGGUGAAUGUUAGCACAGUAAAAAGGCUGUGUUGUGUUCUAUUUAUUUUAAGAAGAAUGUAUUGGACUGAAUAUCCCAGGCAUGGGCAAAUUUCAGCCCUCCAGGUGUUUUGGACUUCAACUCCCACAAUUCCUAACAGCCUACUGGAGGGCCGAAGUUUGCUCAUGCCUGGAAUAUCCCCUGGCCAUCUUUUGUAGGACUAUAUGAACAUCAAAAAGUAAGGCUUUGAGACAGGCUUAAUUGAAAUAUUUUGGAGCAGAGUUAUGGGCCUACUCUUCAAGAGUAGGUAGCUGAUGCUUUUCUUAAAAAAGAAAGAAAGAAGCCAGAUCAAUGUUUGGCACCAUGUCAAUCAGCCGUGUAGUUGUUUUGAGCAAUCUAGUAACAUUUCCUUCUAAUUGGGUCCAGAAUGAUAAGAACAAUGCUUCAUCAUGACAAUUGUUUCUGAAAGUAUUCUUGGGGGAUAAAAAGAUUAUCCCCUUUUGACCAAUGGCAGAAAGGGGUUUUUUUCUGUUUAAAAGGAAGGGAUAAGCUUAUACCACCUUGUUUUUAAUGGCAAAUCCAUCUCCCCACUAAAAAUUUUUGAAGAUCAGUCUCAUAUAUUUUAAUCUAAUUUGGAUAACAUUUUAGGUGUCCAAAUUAAACUAAAAUGCACCCAAAAUUUAAAAAGUUCUGGAUUGGAUAUUUCAGUCUAGUACCAAUUUACUGCAUAAUUGUAACUGUUUGUAAGAUUGCAGUUAAAAAUUAGUUUACCUCUUCUUGGUUUUAUUGUCUUAUAAAGCUGUUAACUAGAUUUCAUAUAUAUAUUGGAUUUUCAUAUUCUACCAUUUUAGUCUUAACUGAGUUAUUACUAGAACCUUUAACUAGAGGAUUGGCUUUUCAAAUGGUACAGUUUUGCUGGACUCUUAAUUGUAAUCUGCUAAUGCAAUCAAAACUGUAUGAACAGUUUAAUACCUUACUAUCGAACAUUUGAAUUACAUCAUUCAAUUUAAUCGUGUAUUAUUUCUAAAUUAGUGCAAAUGCUAAUUUUCAGCACUUUUAUCUAGCCUUCAUACCUAGUGUUCUCAAACAUACAUUUACAAAGGGUGCAGGUUACAAUUUUGAAGCCAUAAAAUUUUAUAUAGAAUUUUUGUAAAGAAAUCUAAAACCUGUAUAAAAAUACAUGUAUCUAAAGAAAAUUGCAUGUUGCAAGCUGGACCUUGCCUGUUUAUAAAAUGAUUUUCUUUGUAGCUGCCUCCUGAGAGAAUGUGUAAACCUGACUUUAAAGGUCGAGAUUUCUAUGAACUGUAAAUUAGAGCAAUAUAAAUCUUAGAAAAUUGUAAAUAUCUUUGAUCCUUCACAAAAUGUAAAAGAAAAAUGCACCCUAUAAUAAACAUGUAAUAUAUAACUUAUAA